AGUACCGGAAGUGCACAUUCUCUAUCGCUUUCUCCCUCACUCGUUACAUGGACGAGCCUCUUUUCACAGAGAGGCACGCGCCAAGUCAGCGGCCCAAUGGGGAAUGCGACUUCUUUUGAAUGAAGCCCCGCCUCUCAGAACCCCCUCCCCCUCCCCUUUCCUCUCAAUUCAAACGCCUAAGAGGAAAAAAACACGUUCCCGCUCUGAGCCGUGAUUGGCUGAGGGGGCAGAGUGGCUGUCGCUGAUUGGUCCCCAGCAGGAGAGGAGUUAAAGAGCUGGAGGGGGUCGGCAGAGUUGGGCAGGCAGAAGGAGUCUGGAGUGAGGAAGUGCUUUUAUUCAUUGUGGGCUGAGGCGACCUUUGAAACAGCUGGCUGACAUGAGUGAUGAAAAAGAGGCAAAGAUGCAUAUUACUCCAGAGACUCCUGGGCAGCUAAUGGUCCAAAACCCCUUUGAAAGUCCAAGCGAUUAUAGCCGUCUACAGGAGCAGAUAUUCUCCAGUCCAACGGUUUUUAAAACCUCAAAAUCUUCAGUGACUCCAGGGAAAUUCAGAUGGUCUAUAGAUAAACUUGCUUUAAUCAAUCCUGUGGAAAUAGACUCUGAAGACAUAUGUCGUCAAGCACUGUAUUUGAGCCAAGCCAGAAUAGAUAAAGAGAUAGAAGAAAAGAGGCAAAAAGCCAUUGAAGAGUUCUUCACUAAAGGUGUUAUUGUACCAUCUCCUUGGACAGAUCACAGUGGGAAACAGGUUUCUCAGCUUAAUUCAACUACCAGUAAGUAUACUGAUCUGAAUAAUGCUUCACCAAUUGGCAGAGAAGUAGCUGCGCAACCUGGCAAAAGUAAUGCUGCUUGCCAGACUGCAUUGUCUCUGCCUUUGGAUUUUGACAUGGAAAAAAUAUUAGGUGAAUAUUUUAAAAUGGAUGAAUUAGCUGAUCAGUCUCAAGAAAACCUGAGUACUUCCUCACUGAGAAGAAAACUGUUUUUAGAUGAGAAUGGAAGCCUCUCCUCUGAGAACUCAUCCCCUGCUUUUCACAGUCCACACAAUGUUCCAGCCUCACUUGGAGUACUGUAUUCAAUAGACAUCUCUCCAGUCCGCUGUAGAAGUCCUCUAAAUACAUCAAGCUCGGGCCAGUUUUCCUCCAGCCCUAUUCAGGGAGGUAUGAGGACUUACAGUCUGGGCAGCCUAACUAGUCCAUCAUUUCCAGAGAGAAAUCCUGCAUUUACUGCUUCUCCAACUUUCUCUCCAAUUGGUAUUCAGAUAAGAAAGACGCCAUUAUCAGAACAAAGGCACUUCACUUUUCGCUCUCCAGACAUGCCUUCUGUUUCAAAUGCAUGCCGAUCAGCUCCUCCUUGCAGCAUCAGUCCUUACACAGAAUGUUCUCCAUUAAAAAAUGGCUCCCCCAUGAGAACUGUGGCAUGCCGAGGAGCAACAAUGUAUCAGACCUCCCUCAUUUGCUUACCUUCUACUCCUGAAAGUUGCAGUGAAAAGCAGCCAGAGGUGGAGGCAGCAAGUGUUAUGGCUGAAGAAAAUCCAUCACCAGAACAGGCAAAAGUCAACCUGCAUCCAUUGUCUGGAGAUGCCUCCACACGUGGCACCCAUUUAGUGGUUGCCCGAAUGUCCAUUUCACCAGAGCAUUCUGAAGGCAACAAACAAGGUUUGACACUGAUCCAUGAUCUUGAUAGUUUCAAGGAAAACCAUUUGGUAGAUAUGGAUGAUCCAGGGAUGUUGGAAGAGGACUCAGUAAAAGGAUCAGCUGAAAAUGGUGGCAUGCCAAUAGCUGGCUUGAACUUUGAAGGAUCUUGCAUCUGUAUGUCGCCUCUUGCUGAAAGCAGUGCCAGUCCCUGUGAGAACAGUAGUCUUCAGGUGGAUAGUGGGUACAAUGGCCAGACUUGUACCAGUAGUCUUAUGGACACAGUUGGAUCUGAGAUGAGUUGCAAAGAGAAUGAUAUGCAUCUUUGUGAGAUUCAGAACAAAUUUCAUGUUUUCAAAGCAAAGCAUGGAAAAACCAUUCCUAGAUAUUGGACUGAAAAUGAACCUGUUCAUCAAUCCAGCAGCAGCUGUCUUCUAGGAAUGCCCCUCCCAAAGUGAUCUGCACAUAUCAUGCUUCAGGCUGUUGUAUGAUUGUAUGGAGAGUUGCACAGUGGAGGUUUGAGAAACACGUGAAAGGCGUGACUGGUACAAUUGCUCUCUACUAGUAGAAAGCUCAUUAAAUGAGUAACAUAUAAAAUGCAAACCAACAUGCCCCAACUCCCACUUGAGUUCUUAAGUCCCUGAUAUUUGUUGGGGCUUGGGCCCUGGUAGUUCUUAUGGAAAGAUGCUGCUUCUGGCUUACCGUCCAUUGGGUCUUGACUUGCACAAAAAAUCAUAGUGGUUGCACAGACACUUUGCAGAUAGAGAUUCAGUUGCCCAGUACCACCUUGCAGACUGGUAAUAGCAGGCCACAAACUCCAGAUAAUUUCUCUGUUCCUGGGAGCUGUUGUUCAUCUGAGCCAGGCAUUAAUCAGAAGUUUACAAAAUUGUGCAGUCACACAUACAGUUUGUGUAUCCUAUUUUCCAUGAAAAUAAGUAGUAUCUGUAACCAUUGCUCCUUUCAGAUCUUUUGCUGAAGAUUGUACAAAGAAGCAAAUCCCUAGGGUUCAGUACAUUGCUUUUUAAAUUGCUUUUCUUUUUAAAAGUUUUACUACAUGCACAGAAACAUGCAGACCUUAAAACUGCUUUUUACAAUUAUCACUGAACUCUAGAUAGCAAAAUUAAUGAAUCAAAACCUUUUGUAUUGCACUCUUUUGUUUUCUAACCACCUAUUUUAAUUAUGCAAUGAAAUAAAGGUUUUUCACAACU